GAAGCUAUAACAUUUCGAGCCAUUUUGUUUAGCAAAUUAACCAGAAUUUUGCUGGUUCUUACAUGUUACAUUAGCUUCAUAAAAGUUUUAUCAAACCAAUUACUGAACUUCUAUUUCUGUGUUUUAAUCAAACCCUAACACGGACAUAACAGCCGUGACGUCAUUAAGCGUCACUAAACAUGAGAUCAUUAGGAUCAGCGCACUUUAUUCCAAAAUGGGACAAUACGGCUAACAAGGCGGGCCAUUCGGUAUAAAGAACUGACACCAAUUAAUCUGUAACAUCCAAUUUCCUUGUCGACCCGCCAGCAACAAAGGCAGAGCCUUCAAGUUUAAGAUGUACUGCACCGUACUCUUUUGUAUUUUCUUCAUCUUAGCCGCCAGCGGCAUUACAAGAGGUGCUAAUAUGCCAGCUGCAAUGAAACAGAAGUACACAACUUAUUCGAUGCAAUUUGAAAACCAACGAGCCCAUAACCCAAGCCAGGCACAAUUUGCCCAAAACCGACAAAAUGCUCUUAACUAUAUCCAGAGCAAGCUUGAAACUGCUGGUUUGACUACACAUUUGCAAAAUUUCCAAACAUCCCAUACCACUACAAGAGAGGAUCACAGAAUUGCAGCAGAAACCACAGUGCCUUAUUUGUGGCUUUUGACAGAUCAGAAACUGGACCAGUAAACUUGGCACAUUGCAAUAAGAGCUGCAGAAGUAUGGCUUUCAUUCAGAACAUCCCCGCAUACAUUGGCAGCGGAAGUGUGAAGCUAGCAUUUGUCAUGGACUGCAUUGCUAAUUUUGACUCUUCUCUGAACACCCAAACCUACCCUGCCUCCUGGAAAACACAUUUCACUACAGAAGUCCAAAC